CGGCACCCCUCGACAGACGGGCUUUUUUUCCCUGCUCAUGCGGUGAUGACUUUAGACUCCAUGAUGGCUUGUUGCCUGAGUGAGGAGGCGAAGGAGUCCAAACGAAUCAACGCUGAGAUCGAGAAGCAACUCCGACGAGACAAGAGAGACGCAAGAAGGGAGCUGAAGCUGCUCCUGCUGGGUACUGGAGAGAGUGGAAAGAGCACUUUCAUCAAGCAAAUGAGAAUAAUCCAUGGCUCAGGAUACACAGAUGAGGACAAGAAGGGCUUCACCAAACUGGUCUACCAGAACAUCUUCACCUCAAUGCAGGCUAUGAUCCGUGCAACUGAGACCCUCAAGAUCCCCUACAAGUACGAACAGAACAAGAACAAUGCCCUGCUGGUGCGUGAGGUGGACGUGGAGAAAGUUGCAUCAUUUGAUCAGCCAUACGUUAGCGCGAUAAAGAUGCUGUGGGCCGACCCUGGCAUCCAGGAGGCGUACGAUCGCAGGAGAGAGUACCAGCUCUCUGACUCAACCAAAUAUUACCUUAGAGAUUUAGAACGAAUAGCAACACCAGGGUAUGUGCCCACUCAGCAAGAUGUGCUGCGGGUUCGAGUGCCCACCACUGGCAUCAUUGAAUACCCAUUUGACCUGGAGAAUAUUAUAUUCAGGAUGGUGGAUGUUGGAGGUCAGAGGUCAGAGAGGAGGAAGUGGAUCCACUGCUUUGAGAACGUCACCUCCAUCAUGUUUUUGGUGGCUCUCAGUGAAUAUGACCAGGUCCUGGUAGAGUCAGACAACGAGAAUCGCAUGGAGGAGAGUAAAGCUCUGUUCAGGACCAUCAUCACAUAUCCCUGGUUCCAGAACUCCUCUGUGAUCCUGUUCCUUAACAAGAAGGACCUGCUGGAAGAGAAGAUCAUGUAUUCUCACCUGGUUGACUACUUCCCAGAGUUUGAUGGUCCUCAGCGGGAUGCACAGGCAGGUCGGGAGUUCAUCUUGAAGAUGUUUGUGGACUUGAACCCAGAUAGUGACAAGAUAAUCUACUCCCAUUUCACGUGCGCCACCGACACGGAGAACAUCCGUUUUGUCUUUGCGGCCGUCAAAGACACCAUCCUGCAGCUCAACCUCAAAGAAUACAACCUGGUGUGAAGGAGAAUUGGAAAGACAGAGGGUUAGAAAGUGCAAGCAAGCCACCUACAGCCCCACACUCAGUGCAGUGUCCACAUCUGCAUGAAAUGUACUCAAAGAGAUGAGCAUUGCUUUGUACUUUACCAGACCAAUACUAUCUGUAUUUUGCCCCUUUUCUUCACUCAGAUCCUUUUUUUUUGCUCAGUUUUUAAGGACUCUGUUCUGUGGUUUUAUUAAUUGCUCCUCUUGCACAAUCACGCAAUCACACAUUCAAAUAUAACACUCCCUCUAUAUGUCCUCUCUUUGGAGGUUAUUCGCUACCCCGGCACUCCCCUUUUGGCCCUUGCCGUGGCUCACAUUUUUCUUUCUCUACACUACAGUCUUUCUUGUGCUCGUGUGUCCAAGGUGGGUAGAGGGCCAUUUCUGGUUAGACUAACCUUUUACAGACAAAGGGCUCUCUCCCGUAGUUAUUUAACCCAUGCAUGCUAUACACUACAUCCUGAGGGCUUGAGGCCAGGUGGCUCACACUGGACUCUGCUCAUCUGCAGAGGGUGACGAAAUAUGAUGAUAGAAGCAUAUAAUCAGUCAGUGCUGGGGUGCAUGGAGGUACUUGGUUCCCCUGGGUUUUGAAUUGUUUUAACUUUCUUUAUUGGGGUGGGUGGGGUGUUACCUGCCCUAAAUGAGAGCACAGGAGCUCUGUUGAAUGUAAAUAAAGAUUUCAUGCUGCUCACACAGAGUGAGGGUGACACAGAGAUGCCUGUGUUCUCUUUUGACUUAAAAUAUUUUCAUCUAUAUUAACUUCAUUCUUAUAUUAAUACUGCUCUUGUUCGCUAAUUAAAUUGAUCAGAGGACUACUCAAAGGACUGAAACCCUUCAGAAAUGAUCACGUUGUGUUCCUUAUGCAGUGCUCCUCAUUUUACAGCAAGAAAACACUACCAGUAUUUAUGUACUGUACAUCAGCUCCCCUGUAAUUCUUUCACAUUGCCAAAUUAAAACCGCCUAAAAUUUUCUGUAAAUACAGCUACAUUGCCAGUAUAAUUUUUAAUCCCUUAAAUGGUUCAGAUACUAAGGAACAUAUUUGGGAGCUGAUUUUUAUUUUUUUUUUGCCAAAAAAAAAAAUAAAAAAAAUAAAGUGAAAGUUUUCUCUCAUGUUGGCUCAUUCAAGAUGUUAACAGCAUAACACCUUACUUUGUGUGGCAUUUCUUUGUUGUCUCAAUCACAUGUGUAACAGUACUGUGAUUUUUAUUUUUGUGAGAAUAACUUUCUUGUGCACAGUGUGUGAAUGAUGGCAUCAGAUUAAUCUGGUGCAGUAGGCAGUCUUGGAUGAAAUAAAGCUUUUGCGCUGCCAGUUUGCUAUAGUCACAACUUUGGUUAUGAUCGUCCAAAUAGCUUUUUCCCCUCUCUCUGUAAUCGCCUUCAUUUUUGCCAUAUUCAGCCAACAUUUGAUAAAACGGUCACAGAUCAUAAGAGUAAAUAGUGUUUUUUUUUUUUUUUUGUUUUUUUGAUGUCUAAUUUAUCAAUCAGAUCUACUUGUUGAUACAGUUAAUGAGACUUCCUUCCUGGUUUCAACUCAGUUUGUUUUUUUUGUUCUCCAAUGUCAAAGUUGGGAGGAGAUUUUAUACUGCUGUAAAAUAUCAAAA